UCUGACCAUCGAUGUAGAAAAUAUGAAUGAUGAUUCCUCCAAAGGCUUUUCUGCGUGGCUUUUUGAAAGCAGCACCAUUCCUUUUGGUGGGUCUUGCACGGCAAGCAAAUUAUCUGGAGUUGCUAUUCAAACCGUCUUCACUCUUAAAUGUGCUAACUGGAACGAUCCAAACACACCUCUUCUUUAUGAAUUUCUGCUACCCCUGGCAGAAGGACUUAGUGCCAUUUUGUCUUAUAGUUAUUCCACUGCUACAGAGAUAAUGCUACCUCCCGGUGAAUUCGUGAAAAACUAUUCCUUAACAAUCGACGUGGUAGUUGCAAGCUCCAUUGGUUCUAGUUCUAGUACUUCUUUAACGAUGCAGGUUUUUCCUUGGCCUAUGAUGAGUACCAAAAACGCGUCAGGCGAAAUACUCCAUCUUUUGGAAAAGCACUUCGUCGUCCAUAGUAGUAGAGGAGACGUUACACGGGCUACCCAGAUGGCCAUUGCUGUUUUAAAAUCCUUAGAGCUACAGAAAGACGAAGUUAUCAAUAUAGAAGAGAGACGCCAGAUCAAAAGCCUCAUCGUAAAGACCUUGAGCAAGAUAGAUAUCGGAGACCUGAGGAAGCUCAUUCAACUCUCUUCUGUUAUUUCUCUUACGAUGAAUGAUCCAGCAGAGAUCACAGCGGAUACUAUGGAACUUAUAAUGGAGAUGGUGCAGAAGAUGACAAAGUUAUUUGACGAUAUCAGUGCUAGAGGGUAUGCAUUUGAUAUGCGUUAUUCUCGAAUAGCCGAGAAGAAUCUAGUUUACUCAAUAGGAAAACAGCUUCAAGUUUUAUCUAGUGACAAUGGUGCUAUAGAGGGCUCUAGUUCCCAAAACAUAACUACCUCUUUGGAAAUUAUGCGUAGAGUGUUGCAGACUGUAAUCAAGGGAAAAGUUGUCGGAGAGGACCCAAGUGUGAUAAAAACGGAACUUUUGGAGGCUCUUGUCGCAAGAAGUCAUCCAGAAUAUGUGGCAGGUUCUUUACUUACCUUGGAGACAUGUUACGUUCAUUUUCCUGAGUCACAAAUUAUGAGAGACAUGCUUUCUGGCACUGGGGAGUACGUUGACUUAGAGGUAAUUUCGUCGAAAGUCAACUAUUAUAAACAGAGUACCACCUCGUCAUUCAUCACAUCAUAUAUUGUUGAGGUUGAUUUAAGAAGAGACUCUGGCGAAGUCCUUAAUGUGCGGAACCUUACCACCGACAUACAACUAGGAAUAGAACUCCUCAACGGCAAUGGAAGUUCACCUGAAAAUGACUCUGUUCAGGAAAACAAAUAUUUUGUCAAGCCAGGAAACAUCCAGUACCACAGAAUUGAAGUGAAUCGCGAACGAACCUCAUACCUCAUAACAAUGGCGUCUACGGGAAAUUUGAACGUUUUGGUGAAAUAUGAUAGCAAGCCAACAACGGAUGAUUUUGAUGCAAAUUUCACUGUUCCAGACUAUUCUUCAUGCACGAGAAAUUUUAUUAUCGAUGGGGAUGAUGAAGAAUAUAACUGCAGUCGUCAUCCAAAUCAACUGCUUUUGACAAAUGCAGUAAUGCAAAAGCCUGGAGUUUAUUUUUUAGGAAUCCUUUAUACUCAACACUCCUCCCCUGGUAGCAAUUCCCAUCGAAUGCGGAGGUCUUGUUUUAGCGCCAACAGGCAAAAACGGUCAUGUAUCGAGACAAAAGACCCUCCACCCCCUCUGGGUGUUUACGAGUACGCUACCAUCCCAGCUUAUGAUCCACGCGUUGACGUGAACUACACUCUUGUCUCAGAUGAACUCAGCUGUCGAUUUUGGUCACAUGAAGAUCAGAAAUGGCUAACUGAAGGCUGUAAGGUCGGACCUCAGUCCAAUAAGCAUCGUCUUCUUUGUCUUUGUAACCACCUUACAUCGUUCGGUGGAGGCCUUCUAGUAGCACCCAAUCCAAUUGACAUUGAUACCGUUUUUAAAGAGUUCAGCCGCCUCGACGAAAGUGGUAACUUUGGUGUCCUUCUUACGAUCAUUUUCGCAUUUUUUUUGUAUUGUAUUGCCUUCAUCCUCGCCAAGAGGGCGGAUGGAAGAGAUCUUGCUAAGCGUGGGUCUAGGAUUCUUUUGGAAACUGAAGAGUGUCUAGUCGCUCAUCAGUAUGAGCUCACAAUCAGCACAGGUGUGUGGUCAGAAAGUGGCACCACAGCCAGAGUAACUAUGGUGUUUUACGGUAGCCAUGGAAGCAGUGGACCAAUCACUCUGCGCGGGAACCUGUAUCCUCCGCGGUUGCUGCUAUCUCGUGGUAGUGUCGACAGGUACCUUGUCUCACUUCCAGCAUCCCUUGGAACUUUAACCCACGCUUAUGUUUGGCAUGAUAACUCUGGAGAAAGUCCUUCUUGGUUCUUGGACUACAUAGUUGUUAGGGAACAAAAAACGAGUCAAGAAUGGAAAUUUUUAUGCAAUCAGUGGUUUUCUCCCAACAAGGACGAUGGAAAAAUUGCUAGGAAGUUGUUGGUCGAGAGCACAAACUCAUUUCCUGAAUUCCAAGAGACAUUCCGCGCGCGCCUGUCUGGUACACUGUAUGAAAAACAUUUAUGGAUGUCUUUAGUUACUAAACGGCCGGGAAGUUCAUUUACACGAACUCAACGUGUUACGUGUUGUUUGUGCGUCAUAUUCAGCGCCAUGCUGGCCAAUGCAAUGUUUUUUAACAUGAGCGGUGAACCUACGGAGAAUACAAUCAAACUUGGUCCACUGAAGAUUUCAAUGAAGCAAAUCAUUAUAAUGAUUCAAAGCUGCUUGAUAAUAGCUCCCAUCAAUUUCCUCAUUGUUGCCCUCUUCAAAAACUCCAGGUCAAAAUUCGACAAGUAUUGUUGCAAUCAGUCAAGUGAAAAGGAAGAUCAACAUUCCGUGGAAGUGGAUGACGAUGGAAACAAGCCCUUGCACCAUAUUUUUCUUUACGCUGCUUGGUUUCUUUGUUUGGCCACUGCCAUAACCUCUGCCACAGUCGUGUUCUUCUACAGUCUUAUGUGGGGUAAGGAGACGGCCGAUGAAUGGCUUUCAUCAAUCCUGAUGUCCAUAACCAUGGACAUCCUUGCAAUUCAACCCGUGCGCCUUGUCACGCUAACCGCAGUCGCUGCCAUAAUAAUAACCAAAGCAAAGAGGACAAAAGCGAAGCUCUCAUCUAAGACAAGAUCUCUGGCACGGAGGAACAAUGGGAAUGAUGAACCACCUGAUAGUUUUAAAGGAGCCUUGCCGGAUGCUACGCAGUUGGAAGGUUACAAAAAGUACAGAAUCAAUGAAUCGAGAACUGUGUCGGCAUUCCAAUCUUUGACGUUCUUCGUUUCAUAUCUUUUGAUACUUGGGAUUGUGUGUUAUGGAAACCAAGAUUAUCACCAAUAUCUGAUAGGUAGAGAAGUUAAGGCUAUUUUACCACGAAGUGAAAAGGUACAUGAAGCGUUAGGUUUGUGGAUGUGGUUGAUGAACAUUUAUGCUCCUGCUAUGUACCCAUCACAUUGGUACAACGGCGAUAAGGGAAACAACGAGAUGUACAUCAGUGACAUGAGCUCUGUGUUGAUUGGCAUGCCACGGAUCAGACAACUGAGGAUCGAAAGAAACUCAUGUCCUAAGAGGCUCGUGGAAAUCUGUAACGUUACUGAAGUUUGCUAUCCUCACUAUGCCAUUUGCCGUGAAGAUAAAACACCAAUGUACCUCCCAAAAUGGAAACUUCCUCCAACUGUUCUUUCAUCGUCCUCGUUUGAUAGAUUGUGUCCAAAGCCUUGGCGGUAUCAUACCUCAGGAGAAACUAACAAUUUACCAAAAGUAACCCCUCGAGAAACAUAUGGAGGAGGUGGUUAUGUGGCUGAUCUUGGAUAUGAUUUACAGACAGCAAGAUACGUUAUGGAAAACUUAAAUGAGAACAGCUGGAUCGAUCGGCGAACUCGAGCCGUCGUCUUGGAAUUUAACAUUUUCAACAGUAACAUGAACAUCCUCGUGGUCGCACAGUACUUCUUCGAAUUCCUACCAACAGGUGGAGUUUUCAAAUAUGUUAGUGUGCAAAUGUUGAAUUUGUAUGGAACAGAGACUGGUUUGGUGCAAGUUGUCUUACUUUGUCGCCUUCUUCUUCUGGUCAUGAUCAUUGCUUUCGGUGUAAUUCAAGUGGUCAAAAUGUACCGUCAAAGAAAGUCAUACUUCAAAAGCUUUUGGAACUGGCUUAUUCUUGCCCUCAUCAUUACUUCUAUAACUUCUGUAGUUCUUCACAUCUUUCGAGAGAGGGCCGCCAAAGACACCAUAAAGGAACUUCAGAGGAACAUUUAUGCUAUGGUCAGCUUCCACAAACCUUUACGUUUGCUGCACUUUGAAACUGCUGCUCUGUCCAUCGUCAUCUUUCUGGCGACAGUUAAGCUGCUGAGACUCCUACGCUUUAGCAAGCAAACAGUAUUUCUGUCGAUAACAGUUCGAUUUGCUGGAAAAUAUUUGUUUUCCUUCUCGUUCGUUUUCAUUAUCAUUUUCUGUUCGUUUGCCAUGUCUGGUAUGAUGGCGUUUGGAUCUGUUGUGGAGUCCUAUUCCAGUUUCCCACGUGCCUGUGUGGCUCAGUUUGAAUUCCUACUCGGAAAGGCUGUGCCCAAUUUUCAAAUGGCAAGAGUAAACCCUUUUCUUUCCUUUGUGUUUUUUAGCCUUUACGUUUGCUCUAUGACUGUCUUUUUCCUCAAUCUAUUCAUCGUCAUUUUGAACUGUGCUUUGGAGGAGGUUAAGAAUAAUCUUGAUUCUGUGGCAGAUGAGCUCGACUUGGCCGAAUUUAUGAUUAGUUACUUGUUCCAGGGCAUUUCUAAUCUAUUUGGCUGGAAAAAACGCAAGAACUGCAAACUCUAUUGCGAGAGUAUGACUUUUGAAGAUGAAUGCGCCUAUGUUGAGAAAUGUCUUAUUGAAAUCGAUCAAAGACUCUUCAUAUUGUCAGAGCCCACCUUUCCGGAAGAGCGUUACCGUUUAAAGAAAGAUCGGAUGGUGAAUACAUCCCUGUUCCAGACGCAGUCUCAUUUGAUUAAUAGUGAAACAGGCUCUGACAGCAAAGUAACAUCCCUUCAACAAGCAGAUAGAAGGAGUAUGAGCGAAGAAGAAACUCUUGAUAGUCCUGAAAGAGAAGUUGUAGUGGAAGUGGACUGCGAUCCCUCAAAUUUCACCGUGAAAGAAAUGAUAGAAAAUUGUGAACAAACGAUAAAUCGAACGGCCUCCCCUUCGCAAAUACAUAUGGCCACUGAAUACGAAGAGAAUUAUUAAAUUUGGGAACACUUGUGGCACUUAACAAAAUAAUCUCGAAGUAUAUUAUCACUUUCAUUGUGUAAUGUAAAAUAACUAACCAAGUCUCA